ACUAUCCUAAUACUUAUCAACAAGGACAAACUAGGCUAGACGAGGCAGUAUCGCUAAUUAUAUUUAAUGUAGGUCCUUAACAUGUAGGUACAUAUUUAUGGCAAGAUGACGGUAUAAAUUAAUGAAAGAUAUAGUUAUAACAGACUUUUUACGUAUAGAUGAGAAAUAAAAAAUCUAUCAUAAUAUGACUGUUACAGUUAUAGCGCCAUCUGUUGACUGUCGAAAAAUAUAACUUAAACAAUGGGAAUGAAAGUAAACCACCAACCGCAAGAUGUCACUAUUACCAGAAAUUUGUACGUACGUGGAAAACGCUCUUCACACAAGUUGCAAUCCUGAAAGAAGUAUGAAACCAUUGGCGCGCAGUGUUCGUUUUAUGUAAAGCUCGGAAACAUUUCAGUGCUACCCCAGUUGCCGCUCUAGAAAGACGUGUACUCUUAAUGUUAUUGUUUCCAACAAGUUUGCGAUGUUGUUAAGUAAGAUAUAAACAAGAAUGAAUCAUUAAAAGUAUUUAGUUUAUAGAGUUUAAAAGAACAUUAUAAUAAACUGUUCCGGUAUUGUUUUUAAAAAACUUAAUAUUACAAAAUGAAUUCAAAUAAAUAAUAUUUCUUGUAGGUCUAAUUUAGAUCUAACAUGAGAUAUGCCUAACUUUUGGGAAAACUGUUACCUAUUUUAAUAAAUAUUAUGGACAGUGUUAUUCAAAACUUAUUUUUACCUGAUUUUUUUUAUUAAUAUAAAUAAUAAUUGAAAAUGUGCUGUUGCUACUUCAUUACAAACUAUGGUAUUUGAGUGAAAUUUAUGCCAUUAAUAUUUUAACGAUGUCGUCAGAGAUAUCUGUAGACGGACCAGAAAAGACGAGCUUUCUUCGUCGUUUUACUGCGGGCUGUUUAAAAACUGCUUGUUCUCAAGUCGGUUUAGUUGUGAUAGUUGUUAUUUACGUCCUCUUGGGUGCUGUGUUGUUUGAAUAUCUGGAGUCAGGACCCCAAGUGCAGGAGAGAACAGCUAUUCAUCGUUCGAGGGAAGAGUGUUUGAAAGAGCUAUGGGCAAUCACAGAACGCUUAAACGUCCUCUACGAAAGAAAUUGGACGAGACUUGUGCAUGAACAGCUGCGGAAGUUCGAGUCCUCAAUAGUGACAGCAGCAAGACAAUCAGAGAACCAAUCUGCGGAACUGGCCCUUGACUCCAAGUGGUCGUUCUCCGGUGCCCUCAUCUAUUGCAUAACUUUGAUAACCACUAUAGGUUAUGGAAACGUAUCUCCCAGGACAGCGGCUGGUAAGGCUGCCACAGUAGCGUACGCAGCAGCAGGAGUCCCCUUAGCUCUAGCCUGUUUAGCUGGACUUGGUGCUUCCUUGGCGAGGCUAGCAAGAUUAGCCUGGCUGCGUGCCACUAAGGACAAAGUACCAAAUACAUGGAGAAAAGAUGAGAUGGAGAACUUCCAACUACAUGAGCAACAACGUUUAUUACCUCAGCCAAUCGAGAGCAAUCAGUAUACAUCAUUUCCACCUCGCACACAUAGGUGCCUUGAAACCGUAAAAGCGAGAGCCGGUGAUAGGGGCCAAUACUCGCAAGUUUUUGAAAAGGCCCCGCCAAGUCCACGGGCUGCCACUCUCGGCAGAAUAAAACGAAGAAGUCUCGAUGAGCCCCAUACGUCAACGAUGUUACAAACACAAACAUUAGACAGAAAGAAAACAUUGGGCAGUCCUAAAUGCAUGGCUACAGUGCAUGCACCAAAUCGUAGAGGACGAACUAUUCAAAGACCUCGUGGUGCUAUCAUAGAACAACUGAUAGCUGAAGAAUGCGGAGAAGAUAUCAAUAAUCGGAGUCAAGAUGAACUAGAUGAUUCUGAGGAUGCUGAUGAUCCGAUGUGUCCUCAUGAUACACCAUCACGAGUGCCUUUAAUUUGGAAUGAAGAGAACCGUAAACAAAGAAGUUGUGCUGUUCCAAGCAUAAGCGCAACUAACACGUAUAGUCAAAGUCCUAGCAUAGAACACUGUCAUGUACCUAUCGGUAUAGUGUUAUUCCUCCUCGUAGGAUAUAUUUGUAUAGGCGCCACUAUUUUCUCUGUCUGGGAAAACUGGAGUUUCUUAGACGCUGCCUACUUCUGCUUCAUUGCCUUAGCAACUAUUGGUUUUGGUGACUUUGUUCCUACCAGUUUUGUCACGUCGAAAUCUAAUACUGAGUACUCAAAAAGUGAAUACUUACAAAUAAUUGCGUGUUGUGCGUAUCUUGUUUUUGGACUAAUACUAAUAGCCAUGUCAUUCAGUUUGGUCCAAGAUGAAGUUGUUCACCGAUGUUCACAAUUAGCAAAUAGUUUGGGAAUAUCUCGUCAAUGACAGUACGAGAAAAGUGAUUGUAGCUCCAGCGACAAUCACUUAGGAAUGUUAUGAUUAUUGUAAAGAACAUCUAUAAUCGAAUCGAUCUAUAUUUCUAUCGCAUAUAUUUUCUUGUUAAAUAAAUAAAAUGAAAUUAUUUUCACACAUCUACUUUAGUUAGUGAAGUAAAAACUUGAUAUUUAAUGAUAAACUGGAUGUUUCUAAGAUUUGUUUGGUUUCGUCGAUGUUUUUGCAUGUAAAUAUUGUAAAAAUCUACUUAUAAAAGCAAGGCUGACGUUGUAUUAAUACAAUAUAAUUGUGUGAAUUUGA